AUGGAGAAAGGAACUAUAAAGAAACCUUACCCAAGUGAUGUUGGCCAUCUUGACGGCUACCUUACCUCUGCGAUGGAAUUUGGUUGGUCCCUUACCAUGAACACGGCUGCAGUGCCGCCCUCUCCGAGAAGCUUCUCCUUGCUCUCAGAGCAGAGGGGAUCCCAUAUAAAAGAAGGGAGAGGAUUACAGCUUGGAAUGAAGAAGAAGAAAUACAUGCCGUAUAAUCACCAGCACAAGUACUUCUUCUUCAUUGGGCCUCCAGCACUGAUUCCCGUCUAUUCCCAAUGGUAUAUUUUCUACUUUGCAAUACGGCGCAAGAAGUGGGCGGACCUGGCCUGGAUGAUUUCUUUCUAUGUGAGGUUUGGUCUGUGUUACAUCCCGUUCCUGGGAGUGAGCGGCACCAUCGCUCUGUUCAUGGUGGUUAGAUUUAUUGAGAGCGACUGGUUCGUGUGGGUCACUCAGAUGAACCACAUUCCAAUGAACAUUGACUAUGAUCAGAAUAAGGAGUGGCUCUCUACGCAGGUACCCAUCCAUAUUAGUGAUGGGCGAAAUGUUUCGCCAGGCAUGGAUUCGCAGCGAAUCUUCCUCCUUAAUCCUGACUUGAGCUCUAAGAAAGCCUAA